UGACACAUGCUGAUACACAGAUACACAGAUACACAGCCACACAAGCCCCUUGCCACUAUUUCAAAAUAAAAUACAAAAUAUACAAAUUAAAAUUGUGCAUUCAAGGACCGUCCAGGAAGCGAUGCCCUGUCUCUACACAGCAUAGGAGUAUGUGAAUGAAACAACAUCGAAGCAACGGAAUUCUGGACCUCAAGAUGUCCAAAUACGGAAAACAGAGUCUCCUCCGUCUCUCCCUUGCGGCCCUGCUUCUAUUUGUGCUGUGGCUGCAGAUAUGUGCCGCCGCCAGAUCGCGUCCCCCCAGACCGACUCCGAGGCCGAAUUGGCGAAAGGGGUACACCGGAGACGGCACCACCCACGAGCAGAUGGGUCUGGUUCACUUUUCUGAAGCUAAACUUUCCAAGUUCAAUAUGUCGUUGAACUAUACGAAGACAGAAAACUACACAAGAAAAUUUAGUGAUCUUUUCAAAUGGUCGCGAGGAAUUUACGACAAGUUCUUUCCACUUAAUGUGACUGUGCCAAGGGGCUACCUUCGGUUUGUGGGAACGGAGAAGAUGACACUGGGACGGAAGGUGGACAGAAACGAUUGGGCGGCUUGGUUCGCCGCAUACUGGCUGUUUUGGCUGUGGGCGAGCAUUAUCGUCGCUCUCAUCGUCCUGAUGCCGUUUCUUGGCGUUUUGUAUUGCUGCUUUUGCUGCUGUCGCUGCAAGCAGGGCUGUCCGCCCUGCGAUAUAGCUGCCAAUAGGAGGAGGCGUUUUAUUUGGGGCACCUGCCUGGCUCUGAUCAUCGUAAUGAUCGGCUUGUGCAUGGCCCUGGCUGUUUACUCGAAUAGCUUGCUGGAACGCGGCCUGGCCAAGACCAAGAGGACCCUGGAAAAGGGUAGCCUGGACACCUGUACUUUCCUGUACGGUGUCCAGGAGCAUAUAGAGCAUCUGUUUGUGAAAAACUUUGAGGAGCUGGAGACGCAUCUGACCCAUUUGAUCAUGAAUGCACCUAGGCAUAUAGCCAAUGACUUGAACGAUGCUUCAGGGGCUAAUUCAAUUCAAGAACUCAAAUAUAUAUUUGGCAAUCUCAGACUCGUAGAAUAUUAUACUGAAGACACCAUUAAUACUCAUGUGGAUAUUGUGGCUAACGCCAUAAAACUAAGAGAAGCUUUGCGGGGAGUGAAGCGCGACAUAAACUAUGCGGCAACGGUGCUUUGUGGCAGCCAAGAGUGCAUCAAAUUUCUGGGUCGCUCCGAUAUCGAGUUUAUCGACACAUCCAGAUGUCUGCAUGCGGACAAGAUUCCCAGCGUUAGGGCAAUACAACAGGGAUUAAAGGCACUUUUUCGGCAUGAGCAUAGACCAGAUGAGGCACUGGCACGACUGCAUGAAAUAACCGUAUUGAUCAAGGAGGAAAUGGAACGCGUCGCUGCACCAAUGAUCCGCGACAUAAAGAAGGGAAAGAAGCUCUUUGCCGAUCAGGCAGACCGCAUCAAUGAAAUAAUUGACGUGGUCAUCAGUGACAUUCAUUUGGCCACACUGCGCUCGACGAGGGCCUUCGAUGAUCUGUACGUCAGGUUCGAUCGGACCCGUAACUAUGUGAUAGUGUCCAUCGCUAUCUUUGUGGCUGUGAUACUGGCUGUCCUGAUAAUUGCCUUGGCCUUCGGCUGCUUCGGCAAACGUGUCACUGGAGUGAGAGACAAUGGUUUGAGCCGGAGGAUUGGCUCGCACUUCAUUUUAUUAGCCAUGCUGUUGAUAGUCUGCGUGAUAUCCAUUAUGCUCAUGAUGGGACUGUGCUACUUUUUGAUUGGCGCCGUGGCGUACAAAGGCGCAUGCGCACCACUGAGCGAGAAGCAGAGGGCUGCCCGAGAAAGGCUCAUCAGCGAGAUCAAAUUACAGAGCGAUGUCAGCUCUGUGUUUUCCUCUAGGCGGGAUGGCUCCAAGGAUGCCCUCAAGAUAUCGAAUAUUAUCAAUGAGUGCGAAGGCGCCAACAGCAUCUUUAAAUAUCUGCGAGAGAAUCGAAUCUACGACGUGGACGACUUGAUACGAGUCCGCGUGAUGACCCCAAUGGAAGCCGACUUCACACUUUUCCAAGAUCUAGAUCUGUCCGAUUUUUUCCUAUUAACACCAAGCGACAUAGACGUGUACUCGGCAGCGGCGAACUCGUCCCUCGACCAUCUCCAUCCUGAUCUGUGGUUUGAUACCCUAUGCUAUGAGUAUGUGCCAAUCGAUUUUGAGAAUCUCCGAAUGGGGCUGAAAAAAUUAGCUCAUUCACUGCCGUGGAAUUACUAUCAAGCAGCAAAGGCUGCUUUCGAAAAUGAAUAUGAAAACUUAGAAACAUUUCAUAAGGAAUAUACUCCAAUUCUGGAACACCAUAUCGUGGAGGCGUUGCGCUAUGCCAGUUGGACCCAACGUCAAAUCGAAUACGAGUACUACAGCUUUGGCGACUCCAUCAGACUCUUGUUGAAAAAUAUUCUGAGUACCGAGAUGUUUAUACGGGACAUGGGCAAGCACUACCUUGCCAAUAUUGGCAAAAAUCUGACCACUGUGAUUCAGCAACAGAUCAACAACUACAUCAAAAUGGUAGUCCAUGAGGCAAACACGAAGGUGGGACACUGCCAGCCACUCACCUACAUAUAUGACUACAGCCUGGACACGCUGUGCAGCGACCUGGUUGACCCCAUAAUCGGCUGCUGGCUGGGCAUAUUGGUGUCUGCCUUCCUUCUGUUAAGCGUACUCUGUAUCGGCCAUCGCCUGCAGUGCCUGUACAAGCAGAUCCAGACGAGGCCCAGGCCGUUCGUCGUGGGACCGAAGAAGAGUCCCAGCUGUCCGUAUUGCAUUGGUCGAUCGGAGAGGCUAGCAGGUGGUGAUCCUGGUGGGUCUGGUGGGGCUGCACGUUGUCCUUGCGGUCUUCAGGACGACUUUGCACGAGCGGCGAUUCUCGACGUGGAACAGGCGAUUGAAGCACCGACGAAUCAUCCCAUGGAAUUGCCCUUGCCAUUGCCAAUCAGGGAUCCAGAGUCCAGUACAGACGGGAAGAAUAAGUUGGAUUAGCCAAUGGUAGAGACAUUCAUGCGGAAUUUUGAAUAUUCGGCUAUACUGUUAUGGCCCCAUCAAAGCCCGUCAAGUAUGCAGGAGAGGAUGAUGGCUGGAAUUUCUUCGAAUCCCGGACUCCCAUUCCUGGACUUAUUUUCAAUGGAAAACCGGAACAUUUUCUUUGG